UGGACUUCAUGUUUCUUGCAAGGCAUUACAAAGCUCCCAUACCUAUCCUCUUCUUAUAGAAACUGAUAUACGUCUCUUCAUCACUACUGCGAUCAAGCAUUCAAGCUGGUCAAGUUUUGAAAGAUGGAGAUUAGAAACCAUGUGGAUCACGACCACGACGAGGAGAAGAUGCCUCUGUUGCGAAACAAGGACGUGCCAGAAGCAGAACGAAACCUGAUUCAGAAAGCCAUUAGCCAGACAUUUCGGAGCACGGCUCACUUAGCCAAGCUUCUACCCACCGGCUCCGUGCUGGCGUUCCAGCUUCUGUCGCCGAUCUUCACCAACCUUGGAAACUGCGAUAACGUCGGCCGGUCCUUGACUGCUUUCCUCGUAUCUCUCUGCAGCGUGUCUUGUUUCCUCCUGAGCUUCACCGAUAGCUUUAGAGACAGCAAGGGAAACGUGUGUUACGGGUUCGCCACCGUGAGGGGCUUGUGGGUGAUCGACGGGUCCACCAGGCUUCCACCACAAGUUGCGGCCAAGUAUCGCCUGCGGUUUAUAGAUUUCGUGCACGCGUGCAUGUCGGUGCUGGUGUUUGGUGCGGUUGCUCUGUUUGAUCAGAAUGUAGUGAGUUGCUUCUUUCCGGCGCCGACAAAGGAGACGCAGGAGGUGUUGACGGCGUUGCCGGUGGGCAUUGGCGUGAUGGUUGGCAUGCUGUUUGUUGUUUUUCCGACUCAGAGGCAUGGGAUUGGCUUUCCCCUUUCCUCUACCUGACACUCCCUUCUUAAAAUAUUUUAUAUUUUUAAAUGAAAAGAGUAAUUAUUUAA